AUGGGGCGCGCGACGCCUUAUUUUUCUUCCCGCCGCGCGCUCGGGGCGCGCGGCGGUUUUCUGCCCGCCGUGCGCCCCGAGGCGCGCGGCGGUUUCCCCCCGUCGGUUCCCUCCCGUCGCCUGCUGCAGCUCGCCCGUCGCCUGCAGCAGACCCCCCCGUCGCCCCCGCUGCCCCGUCGCGGCGCCCUGGGAAGCGCGCACGACGCCUGCUGCCCCAUCGCGGCGCCCUUGGGAGCCGUGCGCGGCCCCCCCCGCUCGUCGCGGAGCCCUGGGGGGCCAUGCGCGGCCUCGCUGCCUCGUCGCGGCGCCCUGGGGAGCCGCGCGCGACCCCGCAGCCACGUCGCGGCGCCCUGGGGAGCCGCGCGCGACCCCCCGCUGCCCCGUCGCGGCGCCCUGGGGAGCCGCGCGCGACCCCCCCACCCGCUGCCCCGUCGCGUUGCCCUGGGGAGCCGCGCGCCCUCCCCCGAAUCGCCCCCGAAUCGCCCCUUCCCCCCCUCCCAUUCUGCCUCUUUUAGGGUUUGGGGGGUGGCGAGUGUGGGGGUGGCGCCUAUGGGGGUGCUGGCUGUGUGCUCCGUCCCCUGCUCCUCCUCCUCCUCUGUCUCCCACUGCUGCAGCUGCCGCUGA